UGAGAGACAGAGAAGGCAAAGCUGGCUACGGCUAAUUUUCAACGAAGACAGAGACGAUGACGACAUUACGGGCUUUUAACUGCGACGACCUGUUCAAAUUCAAUAAUAUAAAUUUGGAUCCUUUAACAGAGACUUAUGGAAUUCCCUUCUACUUGCAGUAUCUGGCACACUGGCCUGAGUAUUUCAUUGUGGCAGAAGCUCCAGGUGGAGAGCUGAUGGGCUACAUCAUGGGAAAGGCAGAAGGCUCGGUUGCGCGAGAAGAGUGGCAUGGGCAUGUUACAGCUCUGUCAGUGGCUCCUGAGUUCAGACGACUGGGACUUGCUGCCAAGCUCAUGGAAAUGCUGGAGGAAAUCUCAGAAAGGAAAGGAGGAUUCUUCGUUGAUCUUUUUGUCAGAGUCUCAAAUCAAGUUGCUGUUAACAUGUACAAACAGCUGGGAUACAGUGUCUAUAGAACCGUCAUAGAAUAUUACUCCGCAAGCAAUGGAGAACCAGAUGAGGAUGCUUAUGACAUGAGGAAAGCAUUAUCCAGAGACACGGAAAAGAAGUCUAUAAUUCCACUGCCACAUCCUGUCAGACCUGAGGAUAUAGAAUAACACUCAACAGUGGCUCUCUGACUCCCUCUGUACCCCAUAUUGGGAAAAUAAAGCUGCAGGCUUCGUCAUUCUUGCCUAGAGUAUUUAACAUGCAACUUAAUUUAUGAUUUAAAGAGAAAUAAACUUUGUCAGAGGGUCACUGCUUUGUAAAACCUAUUUAAAAUGAGCUUUGCUGCUUGUUCUACUCUUCCUAUAUCUGUAACUGCAGAAGAUAUUCAGAUUUUAAUGUCAUUAAAAGGUAUUGACUUG